CUUACCAGCUGAUUCCUCCUCGCCUACGCCCAUCGCAUCGGACCGAAGACUGGACUGGAGCUUUUAUUUACUAGCAGCACCUGAUAUUUUUCGCGGUGAGAGAUUGAUGAGAACUCCAGAUGGGUUCUGAGAGAGUCAGGGAUGUCAUUAUUGUAGGAGCUGGGAUCAGCGGUCUAUCAGCUGCCAAGCUCUUACAUGAAUCUGGCCAAGAUGUACUGGUACUGGAGGCCAAUGAUCGAGUCGGAGGGCGUACAUGCAAUUUCUAUGACAAGGCCAUAGACUACACGGAUAUAGGCGGGGCUUACAUGGGACCAACUCAGGAUCGCGUCUACAGACUAUCUCAAGAAUUGGGUGUGGACAACUUCCGUUGCUUUGAUGAAGGCACAGCCAUUGCAUACAACCGGGGUAGAUGGCGCACGUUGACAGGUCUAUAUCCUGACACAUGGAACCCCUUCGUUAACAUGGACCUCAACCAUUUCUGGCACUUAGUUGAUGAGAUGGGGAAUAAGAUUCCAAUGGAUCAUCCUUGGGACUUUCCUGAAGCGGAGGAAUGGGACAGUAUGACGGUCAAGGAAUGGGCCGAGAAGACAUUCUGGUUUCAACUGACCAGAGACUUCAUUGCUGUCCAGAGUGCUCUUGGGUUCUGUGCUGAGGAUAAGGACAUGUCUCUCCUGUACUUCCUCUGGUAUAUCAAAGGAGGCUGUGGUUAUUUGAGAUUUUCAGCAACAGAGAAUGGUGCUCAGGAAAGGAAGUUUGUUGGAGGCAGUCACAGAAUCAGUCUCACAAUGGCAGAACGGCUCGGUGAAGAACGAGUCUUGUUGAGUAAACCAGUGGCUCAUAUAGCCCAGGACGCAGAGUGUGUAACAGUUACUACGGCAACAGGCGAUAUCUACAAGGCCAAGUAUAUAAUAGCAGCUCUUCCUCCUGCCAUGCACAAUAAGAUUGCAUUCACUCCUAAUCUACCAUCACUCAGACAUCAGCUGAACCAAAGGUAUCCAAUGGGGUCUGUGAUUAAGACUAUGAUGUACUAUGAGCGGCCUUUCUGGAGAGAUUCUAAUUAUUCCGGCCUGAUUUUGGCUGAUGGAAUUAUAUGUGGGACACAGGAUGAUUGCAAGCCAGGCAGCAAGUAUCCUGCUAUCAUUGGAUUUGUGGCAGGAGAUGCAGCCAGAGAGAACUGUCAUCUAACCAAAGAAGAAAGGAGAGAUAUGAUUGCCAGUCGGUAUGCAACACUAUUUAAGAACGAUGCUGCACUGCAGCCUGUUUUCUACGUUGAGAAGAACUGGAUGGAAGAGCCCUACAUUGGAGGAGGCUAUGUAGGCUUCACUCCUCCUGGGGUUAUCACCAAGUACUGCAAGGUUCUACGAGAGCCGAUAGGUCGUCUUUACUUUGCUGGUACGGAGACGGCUACCAAGUGGUCUGGAUACAUGGAUGGAGCAAUCCAGGCAGGAGAGAGGGCUGCAAGAGAGAUACUGCAUGCCAUGGGCAGGAUUCCAAAGGAUGAUAUAUGGCAGGAAGAGCCAGAAUCCAAGGACAUGCCAGCUCUGCCAUUUGAGGAAACCUUCUUAGAGAGAAACCUUCCUUCUGUGAGUGGCUUUCUCAGGUUUGUUGGAAGGUCUCUUGUUCUCUCUGCAGUGGGUGGGGCUCUUUGGCUCAAGAAGGAUAUGAUUCAGAGCUUCAUCAACAAGUAGGAUGGCAGUCUGACAGCUAUUUCAGACAGCCUUAUGAUGCAGACUCAUCAAUUCUCUACCUGGGGAAGAAUAUGACAUGGCAUCGUCAUGAACAGAAGCAUAUUAAGACCCAUUCCAAGUAAUGUUUGAACACUUGAUUUGUUUAUAUGGGACUAUUUUGAACCAAUGAUAAUGUGCAUUUAGAUUAUAAUAAGUCUCAAAAUAAGCCAUCUACUUAAUUAACAAAGUUUGUGUGGAUGUUUUAUCAGGAUACACAUUCCCACUAACAGUUAAUUUAGUUUGUUUGCCUCCGUUACGAAGUAGACAGAGGCAUUAUGUUUUCGGGUUGUCCGCCGUCCGUCCGUACAUCUGUACGUCUCGUUCUCGUGAUCGCGUUAUCUCAAGAACCAAUUAAUGGAUUCCUACCAAACUUUAGUCUAAUAUGUAUCUUGCAGAGCCAAUGAAUUGAUUAGAUUUU